AUGGCAUGGUUUAUCUGGUUUUGUGCAAGUUUAUUCCUGUGUUUAUUGAAACCAAAGCGUUCCAACGGAAUUCCAAGGUCAGCAUAUGCUGCAAAUCAAUUUCAAUUGAAUUCCAAACUUCUUCAACUCCCGAUCAACCAAAUAUGCCAAGAGGUGAACGAACUUUCAGAUGAACUUGACAUCGAGCAUGACUUCCUGAUUUACUCCUCGAGGACAGAAAUAGGAAUCUUCGACUUGACCUCCAAUGCAUCUGCUCUUCCAAUUGCUACUAGCCUCCGAAACGUGGUAGGGGUGUUCCUAGACGAAAAAUAUGUCUACUGGACUGUUAAUGAUCCGCAAAAUGAAGCGAUCCAUCGAGCUUUCAGGAAUGGUUCAGGAGCCGAAGUUAUUGCAAUCGAAGGGAUAGGAAACCCGGAAGGAAUAGCAGUUGACUGGAUAACUGGAAACAUUUACUUCACAGACGAACUUCAGAAGCGGAUAGGAGUUUGUACAAACUCCGGUUCCCACUGCACAUCAAUCAUAACUGAAGAUACAAAGAAACCUCGAGGGCUCGUCUUGCAUCCAUCGACUGGACACAUGUACUGGAGCGAUUGGGGAGACCAUCCGCACAUUUCCAGAGCUGAAAUGAACGGAAAAUCCCGGGUUCCAAUAGUUACGGAAAGUCUCACCUGGUCAAAUGGCCUCACAAUUGACUACAUUUACUCGAGACUCUACUGGACUGAUGCCAAAUCGAAGACAAUCGAAUCCAUUAGCUUUGUUGGAACCGAUCGAAGAACUGUGCUUCGUGCCAUCGAUAUUCACCCGUACUCCCUAGCAGUUUUCGAGGACAGAUUGUUCUGGAGUGACUGGAAGACAAAGAGCAUCCAAAUUUGCAACAAGACCAACGGCGAGGGGAAGGCGACUCUUCUCCAAGAAGAUCGUACGAUCGUUGGAAUUCAUGUUUACCAGCCUCUCGCCAGAGCCAAUUUUGAUAAUCCUUGUAAGGGUAAUCCUUGUGGAGAAGUCUGCUUGUUGGGAGCUGAUCUCAGCUACACAUGUGUCUACAGUCUAAAUAAGAUUCUUGGGAAUGAUGAAAAGACUUGUGAACCGAUCAAGGAUGAAGACGGCUUGAUCCUUGCUAUUGGAGGGGUUCUUCUUGAUUACCAUCAUGAAAUCCUAGGAAAACCGCGAUGGAAUACCAUUGAUAACCCUCAACAAUUCGCUGAAAUCUUCCAUCCGAACAGUCGAAGCUUGACAAGCGAUUGUAGGCAAAUGAUAUUCAAUGAAAUUUCUCGUAUCUCCGGACACAAUGAGACAUUCGCCGCAAUAGCGUAUGACCACAUCGGGAACAACUUAUAUUCAGCAGACGUUCGGUAUAAGCGCAUCAAAGUGAUGAGCUUGUCGACUAUGAAGACCAUUUUUUUAAGCUUUUCCGAGGAGCCUAGGUCGAUUCUAUUGGUCCCAGAGAAAUCGACCAUGUUCGUGACUUUCUGUGUAGUCUCUAGUUGUCACAUUGACAAAAUGUCGAUGGCAGGAAGUGGGAGAAAACGAUUCUUAGGGGACGUCUUCAAUGGUCCGCGGGUUCCUUUAGCUUUCGACGCCGAGACAAGUAGAGUCUUCUGGGCAGAUCAAGGGACAGGAAAACUUGAGAGCGUUUUAUUCGAUGGACACAAUAGGAAAGAAAUGGAAUUAGUGUUGAAAGAGCCGGUGACUUUAGCAAUUGUUGAAGACCGGGUUCUUGGGGUUAGGAAUAAUUCGAGAGAGAUUUUUUGCGUGAGCAAGAAUGAUUUCUCAGGAAAGAAGGAAUACAAUUUGACGGUCCCAAUGGAAGGGAACGUUGUAGCAGUGAAUAUGAAUAAUCCCGAAGAGAAAUCAACGAAGGAGCUUCAUGAAUGUCAGGUUGAUAAUGGAGGAUGCUCAUACGUAUGUCUAUUAAAGUUAUCGCAAUCGCACGUGUGCGGAUGCCCCGCAGAAAUGAUUUUGGAUGUGGAUCAGAAAACUUGUAAGUUUAUAUAGAACUUUUGAAAUCAUCCAGAUGUUUCUGCAACUAUAUUUUUUAAGUGAUGAAGGGUGGUAGGUCAGCUUAUCUGUUGAUUGAAUUAAUGUUCGAACUUUGCACGGGGAUAAUUAUUUGGUGAAUUUCAUCAA